AUGUCAGAUAUUGAAAAGGGCAAUCCUUCCCUCCAACUUGAUGACAAUGAUAUAAAAUCAACACCAAUCGUCACAACAACAAGUCAAACUAAUGGUGAAAUCAUUGAAUUUGGUAAGAAAAUUCAUCUUGACACUAAUAAAGUUGAUGAUGCAAUGGAAUUGGCCCUUAGGGCUUCCAAGUUUGAAAUUGAUCCUAAAUUAGAUAGGAAACUAUCUUGGAAAAUUGACUUGAUGUUGGUUCCCUUCUUAUCAUUUCUUUAUGCAAUCCAAUAUAUGGAUAAAGUUACAAAUAGUUUUGGUGCAAUUAUGGGAUUGAAAUCUUUUUACAAGAUGGAGGGAAACAUGUAUAGUUGGUGUGGUUCUUCAUUUUAUUUGGGAUAUUUAUUUUUCGUGUUUUUCGCAAGUUAUUUAGUGCAAAGAUUCCCACCAGCUAAAACUUGUGGUGUCUUCAUCAUAAUUUGGGGUGUUAUAAAUACUGUUAAUUGUACUCCAAAGACAUAUUCUGGGUUUAUUGCCCUAAGAACUUUAUUAGGUUGUUUUGAAUCAAUUGUUACACCAACUAUGGUUAUUUUAACAAGUCAAUGGUGGAAAAAGGAAGAACAAUUUAUUAGAACUUGUAUUUGGUUUUCUGCAACUUCAUUUGGUACAAUUUUUGGUUAUUCAAUUGCUUAUGGAGUUUGGAUCCGUCAAGAUUCUUAUACAUUACCAGCUUGGAAAGUUGUCUUUGUCGUUAUUGGUGUUAUGACUAUUACCCUGGGGGUAAUGUUUGUUAUUUAUGUUCCUGAUUCACCUGCUAAAGCUUGGUUUUUAAGUGAAGAUGAAAAAUUACAUCUUGUUGAAAGAAAUAGAAAUAAUAAUCAAGGUUUUGGUACAAAAAUUUUCAAAAUGUAUCAACUUAAAGAAUGUUUAUCAGAUUAUAGGGUUUGGUUAAUAUUCAUCUUUGGUAUUGUUGAUGAAGUACCAAAUGGAGGGAUUACUAAUUUUAGUAGUAUCUUGAUAUCAGAUCUAGGUUAUGAUACUAAACAAUCAUUAUUGUUAAAUUUACCUUUAGGUGCAGUUGGGUUUGCCGGUUGUAAUAUCAUGGCACUUUUCUAUGGACUAGGAUUGGUUAAGCAUAGAAUUCCAAUUAGUAUUGCUGCUAUGUUUAUUGCCAUAGCUGGUUCUUCAAUGUUGGCAUUUGCUUCAAGUACUACUGUUCAACUAGUUGGAUUAUACAUCAUGCAAGUUAGCCCCCUGGGUAUGAUUGGCUGUUUAACUAUUUAUAGUUCCAAUAUUGCAGGACAUACUAAAAAAAUCGUGGGUAAUGCACUAUAUCUUGUUGGUUAUUGUGCUGGUAAUUUGAUUGGUCCUCAGACUUUCAAAGGUUCUGAAGCACCAACUUAUCAAUCUGGUAAAACAGCAGUAUUGGUGUGUUAUGUUUUAUCAACAGUUAUUUUGAUCAUUUUAUAUGUUUCCUAUUGGUUUGAUAAUAAGAAAAGAGAUGAAUUUGUUAUUAAAAAUGGUACUGAUCAUUUCUUGGAUAAUCAAGAAUUUGCAGAUUUGACAGAUAGAGAGAAUCCUCAAUUCAGAUAUACUUUGUGA